AUGCCUGAAUUUGCCGCUAAUUUAAUACAAGUAGUGAAUGAACUUCAAGACAAACUCAGAGAGAAUGUUGUUUUAGAUUUGCCACAAAUCGUUGUUAUCGGAGGUCAGUCUUCGGGAAAGUCUAGUGUUUUAGAGUCUAUUGUUGGUCGAGAUUUUCUGCCCCGAGGGUCGGGUAUUGUCACCCGAAGACCACUCGUUCUGCAAUUGAUAUGCGAUAAAAAUAUCACUAAACCGUUUGGAGAAUUCCUUCAUUCGCCGGGAAAACGAUUUGAGAGUUUCAAAGAAAUACGCGAUGAAAUCACAGCUGAAACCGAUAGAGAGGUUAAGGAAAGCCGAGGGAUAUCAUCGAAACCAAUCAAUCUUAAGAUCUAUUCGCCGGAUGUGUUGGAUCUAACUCUUGUAGAUCUGCCGGGAAUGACAAGAGUGGCCGUUGGGAACCAACCCAAAGAUAUUGAAGUAUUGAUUGAAAAUAUGGUUUUGGAGUACAUU